AUGCUCUUCAACACUCUCUUUCUCGCUGUUUCCGUUUCUUUCGUCGCUUGCGAUGGAAUCAGCCACCAGCGCUACAUGAACAAUGCUAACAAUCAUAUCCAGACCGGCAUUGACUAUCAGAUGGGAAGACGAACGAACCCUAACAUGGGUUACUUCGGCAACGACCAAGCACGACUUGUCUACACCCAACCGAAUCCGAGAAGCCGCUUCGGAGCUGCCCGAUCCUCCCUCCGAAAUCGAAUGAAGUCUCACUACCGAAACCGAAUGUAUUAA